AUGGUAUUGGAAGUUGACCUCGGCUCCGUAGCAGAUUAUGUGGCGCAUGUAGAGCUGCGUCCAUUAAUAGAUGCAUUUCGCCAGAGAAAGAGAAUUGUAAUCAUUGUGGGAGCUGGAAUCUCAGCAUCCGCAGGAAUCGCUACAUUCCAAGAUUUGCCAGUGAAAGGCAGAGACGUGUUUAGCAUGAACUCAUAUAAUGACGAUGCUUCUACAACGCUUCUUAACGAGACAAUGUGCAGAAUGUACAGCAGUAUAAGAUCUGCAAGCCCAACUCAGUUUCACCACGUUAUUGAAGAGCUUGCUAAAGAAGGCCGCUUGCAUCGUUUGUACACUCAAAAUAUUGACGGAUUAGACACGCAGCUACCGUCCCUCGGAACUAAAAUACCACUGCCAGAAACGAAGCCAUGGCCGACAACGAUUCAGCUACAUGGAGACCUAAGGACUGUUAAAUGUCAAGGGAAUCCAACACAUCUAGGUUCGUUUAACCCAGAACUUUUCAAGAAGGGAGCUCUGCCAUGUUGCGCUAUAUGCAAAAACAAUGAAGGAGAAAGAACCAGGCAUAUUCCUCUCAUGAGACCUAGAGUUUGGCUCUAUGAUGACUAUAACUAUGCAGAUACGACAGCUAUUGCCAUGGUUAGUGCCUCAGAUCUCAGGUCAAAACCCGAUGCGGUGAUUGUUGUAGGAACUGCACUUAAAGUCGAGUCAAGAAGAAAUUUUGCAAUAGAUAUGUGCGCAGCAGUUCGAAAAUGCGGUGGUUUAAGUGCCUGGAUUAACCUUGAGCCUCCUUCACAACCACUUAAAUGCUUCGACAUAGUCGUAAAAGGCGACUCUGACACCAUAGCAAUGCAUGUGUCUAGCUGGUGGUUGAAGGAUUGUCCUAAUAUUAUAAACAACGCAAACAUAAAGUACCUACAAGAUAAGUACAAGCUGUUCAUUGCAAGGUCAACAGAGGAAGCUCGUAGGCUUUUGGAGCAGGACCAGAAGAGGGAUCCGACAGCACUUGGCACGACGCAGAACAUACUUCUUGAUUCUGGGGAGGCAGCAAAAUUGAUUACCUUUAAAGCCAUCAAUCACAAUGCUAAGAAGGCAACUCCAGUGUUGCCUCAUAAGACCCUACGUACACAAGCACCCUCAUCUAUAGUCCCGCCUAAAACUUCGUCUGCAUCCUCUAUAAUCCCACCAUUAUGGCAGUCUACUUCGUCCAUAGUCCCUCAUUUGUUAUCAUCUGCAUCUCAGAGCCAAGCCGCACAAGCGUCAGCAUCUAAGGUCUCACAUAAACCAGUUUCUGCACCCAUCGCUUCACUUGCACAAGCAUCUGCAUCUAACGUCUCACUUAUCUCCGCAUCCCAGGCCUCACAAUUACCGACGUCUGUCUUAUCAAGUGCGCUGUACCCUUUUACGACGACUCCGGCCCAUAGUGGUCUAGAAAUCGUACCAAAAAUUACACCUGGUUGGGAGUUAGAAACCUCAAAGAGGCUAGAUAGUGUUAUUGUCCGGGGAAUCAAAGUUAAGAACCACCGAAGUUCGUCAGUCCUUACAACAAUUACGAACUUAGGUUAUGAGGUUAAUAUAGCUUCGUCACUUUGGCGUCUUAAACAUGGAGAAUACCUUGAUGAUGAGGUUAUCAAUGCGUAUAUUGAACUUCUUCAGAGGUCUAAUCUCCCUCACGGUCAAGGUAUCCAAACCACCUUUAUCUUAAGAAUGGUGUUAGAAAGGCCAUGGAAACCUUUUAUAAAGCUGACGGACACAGGAAAGUAUUCUAUAUUUAUUCCUAUUAAUCAUGCUUUCCAUUGGACUUUUGCUGUUAUUAAAUCGCAGGAGAAGGGCGCCAUUGUGCAGUGGGGAUACUUCAAUAGCCUUGGCGGGGAACCACCCCAAGUAUUUUUAGACUGGAUUGGUAAUUGGUUUCCCAAAAAGCAAAGGGUUCCAGCAUUACCAAAUCCCAAGCAAAACAACGAAGUUGAUUGCAGUUUGUUUGUCCUCCUCGGUAUUCGCCUUAUGGCUUCAGGGAAGCCACAUCUGUCUAACCAGCAGGCCAUAGCGAUCAUACCCGAAUUUAGGAAGAGAGUCCUAGCAGAGCUCUUAGCUUUAUGUCUCGAUCCGUCUAGCGCCCAACUUGAAGAGUUCAAACAAAGAGAGGCGCUCGUUGACAGGCGCUCGUUGACAGCCCUCUCUCUCAAGAAAAAACCUCUUAAAGGCAAGAAGAAUAUGUCAGCAAGUUUAUUUGUGUCCCUAUCUCCUCCCAUCCUUAUAGAAUCAGACACUUCAGAUGAUCUUAACGAAUCCGAACAUGAGGUGGAUCUUCAGGUUUAG